AUGCUCCCGCUGCGCGUCACCAACAACUGCAGAGAACCCAUCUGGCCGGCGAUCCUCACGCAGUCCGGCACCGGGCCCGCCAGCUCCGGCUUCCUGCUCGGCCCGGGCGCCACGAAGGCGCAGACUGUCGGCCUCGACUGGAAGGGACGCGUGUGGGCUCGUACGAAUUGCAGUUUCCCCACGACGGCAGGAUCGGGCUCGGGUCCGUCGAGCGGGCAGGGAGGCAGUCCGUGCCAGACGGGCGAUUGUGGCAUGUUUUUGCAGUGCCAGGGUGCGGGACACGCACCGGCAACAUUGGCUGAAUUCACCAUGUCGUCAAAUACCAACCAAUGCUUUUACGACAUCUCGCUGGUCGACGGCUACAACAUCCCCGUGGGCAUCAUUUCCCUACUUAGGGAGAGCGGGAACGCGAAUCUGACCGAUAUCCCACCCAACCUCACAAACCCCGUUUGCAUCGGAACCUCUUCCCUUCUCGCGCCCGUAGGCGACAGCCCAGACGCCGACUUCGGCACUAAUUCCACCUAUCCACUUCCCCUAGACCAGUCUGUUACUUCCUCCUUCGUGCAAGACUGGUGUCCAUGGCCCCUCCAACUUACUCCACCCACGAAACCAGGCGACGGCGUCUAUCCUUACCCCGAUGACAGCAUCCAGCGACCCAUCUUCAACCCGUGCCUCAGCGCCUGUGCAAAGUGGAACAAGGCUAAGUACUGUUGUACCGGUAAUCACGGAACACCCGCCACCUGCUCCCCUAGCCUGUACUCGCAGCAGGCGAAGAAGCUAUGUCCGGACGCAUACAGUUAUGCGUAUGACGACCAGACUUCCACGUUCAUCAUUCCUCAGGGUGGAGGCUUUGAGGUCGUAUUCUGUCCUGCGGGUAGGAGUACAAAGAUCUUGGCCACGUUUGGGGAUCAGUUGAGGCAGCUGGCACAGACGGGGCAUGUGACGAGGGAUAUUAUCUCGAUGGCGCAGAAUGUCUCCUAUAUCAGGGAGAAGAGUACUGCUGAGCGAGUAGUCACUGGGCCGAGCGCGUUGCUGAUUGUCUUGGUGGCAUUGUUGCUGUCUUGGUUUGGGGAAUUUGGAGCUUCGCGGUGA